CGCGGUCGCCUUCGUCCGAAUCGUCUCGGUAAAACGCCUUCUCCCCCUCCUCUUCCGCCGCCGCGGCGAUCCCUCUUUCACCUCCACCUCCACCUGCUCAGGACGCGGCCACGCAGUAGUCGCGGAGAAAAGAAACCGAAAAGAAAAAAAAAAAUCUAGCUACGCAUCUCGGCCCGGCCCCCCCGCCGCCGCGCGCUCGGAUCCCCCGACGGCUCGCCGCCACGGCGCCGCCGCCGCCAUGAGCCUCGCCUCGCUCGCCCGCGCGCUCUCCCGCCGCUCCGCGCCCUCCUCCUCCCGCGCGCGCCAGGGUUUCUCCCUCGGUGGGCUAGGUGGGACCACCAGGUCGCCGCCGCCGCCGUCGUCGCCGCUCCCAUCGCUCCAUGGCGGGGAGGGCGGUGGGCUGGGAUUGGGAUUCGUCCGCGGGUACCUGACGGCGGCGCUGGGGAGGCCCGCCGCGGUGAAGGCUGGGACAGACUGGAGGUCCAUCCUCGCGAACCCGCAGUUCCGGAGGCUCUUCUCUGACGGGUCCAAGAAGAAUUACGAGAACUACUACCCCAAGGGCAAGAAGGAGGCGCCGAAGGGGGAUGGGAGUAACAAGUCUGAUUCGAAGCAAGAUUCAAGUACAGACGAUCAAUGGAAUUUCCAGGAGACUGCCUCAAAGCAAUUGCAAAAUUUUCUGGCACCUCUACUGUUUCUUGGACUGAUGCUCUCGUCCUUGUCGUCGAGCUCAUCAGACCAAAAGGAGAUAAGCUUCCAGGAAUUCAAGAAUAAGCUACUAGAACCUGGUUUAGUUGACCGCAUUGUUGUUUCAAAUAAAUCAGUGGCAAAGGUCUAUGUCAGGAGUUCACCACAGUCGAACAGCCAAGGUCAGAACACUGAUGCCAUCAUUACCACCAAUGAUGUUCCGAGCAAGCAUACUCCCAGCAGAUACAAGUAUUACUUCAAUAUUGGAAGUGUUGAUUCCUUUGAAGAAAAGUUAGAGGAAGCCCAGGAAGCUUUGGGAGUAGAUCCACAUGAUUUUGUUCCAGUAACUUAUGUUGCUGAAGUGAAUUGGUUCCAAGAAGUAAUGAGAUUUGCCCCAACAGUCUUUCUUGUUGGGCUAAUAUAUUUGAUGAGCAAAAGAAUGCAGAGUGGUUUUAAUAUUGGAGGUGGACCUGGCAAGGGUGGCCGUGGUAUUUUUAAUAUUGGAAAAGCUCAGGUGACGAAGAUGGACAAAAAUUCCAAAAACAAGGUGUUUUUUAAGGAUGUAGCUGGUUGUGAUGAAGCUAAGCAAGAAAUAAUGGAGUUUGUGCAUUUCCUUAAGAAUCCCAAGAAGUAUGAAGAGUUAGGAGCUAAGAUACCAAAAGGUGCCUUGCUUGUGGGUCCUCCUGGAACAGGCAAGACUCUGCUUGCCAAAGCUACAGCAGGAGAGUCUGGUGUGCCCUUCCUGUCUAUUUCUGGAUCAGAUUUCAUGGAAAUGUUUGUUGGGGUUGGACCAUCCAGGGUACGGAACUUAUUCCAAGAAGCUCGGCAAUGUGCUCCCAGUAUUAUAUUUAUUGAUGAGAUCGAUGCGAUUGGUCGUGCAAGAGGCCGUGGAGGGUUUUCUGGUUCAAAUGAUGAGCGUGAAAGUACUUUGAACCAGCUGCUUGUAGAGAUGGAUGGGUUUGGUACAACUUCUGGUGUUGUUGUUCUUGCUGGUACAAAUAGGCCUGAUAUUUUAGAUAAAGCCUUGCUAAGGCCUGGAAGAUUUGAUCGCCAAAUAACAAUAGACAAGCCAGAUAUAAAGGGCCGUGAUCAAAUAUUCCGCAUAUAUCUUAAAAAACUUAAACUUGACAAUGAGCCAUCAUUUUAUUCGCAAAGGCUAGCGGCUUUGACACCUGGAUUUGCAGGAGCUGACAUUGCCAAUGUUUGUAAUGAAGCUGCUUUAAUUGCUGCGAGAAGUGAGGAAACUCAGAUUACCAUGCAACAUUUUGAAUCUGCAAUUGAUAGAAUUAUUGGUGGUUUGGAGAAGAAAAACAAGGUCAUCAGCAAACUGGAGCGCCGCACUGUUGCUUACCAUGAAUCUGGUCAUGCUGUUGCUGGAUGGUUUUUAGAGCAUGCAGAGCCUCUUCUGAAAGUUACAAUUGUUCCCCGUGGAACAGCUGCUUUAGGAUUUGCACAGUAUGUUCCAAAUGAAAAUCUUUUGAUGACAAAAGAACAGCUUUUUGAUAUGACAUGCAUGACAUUAGGUGGCCGAGCUGCAGAGGAGGUUUUGAUUGGAAGGAUCUCCACUGGUGCUCAGAAUGACCUGGAGAAAGUUACCAAAAUGACCUAUGCGCAGGUUGCUGUAUACGGUUUCAGCGAAAAGGUUGGGCUUCUGUCCUUCCCUCAGAGGGACGAUGGCUUUGAAAUGACCAAACCUUACAGCAACCAAACAGCAUCCAUCAUCGACGAUGAGGUGAGGGAAUGGGUUGGCAAGGCGUACAAAAAAACAGUGGAACUGAUAACUGAGCACAAGGAGCAAGUCGCCAAAAUCGCUGAAAUGCUGCUUGAGAAGGAGGUCCUCCACCAGGACGAUUUGGUUAGGGUAUUAGGAGAACGGCCUUUCAAGGCAUCCGAGCCAACUAACUACGACCUCUUCAAGCAAGGGUUCCAGGAUGAAGAAGACAGCAAGAACCAAGAGGCGGCCAAAACCCCUCAGCCUGAUGAUGACGGAACACCCUCGCUUGGCGAGGUUGUACCCACGUAAUCCUGCAGCAAAUUUACAGCUGUAAAUUGCACUCCUAUUCGAUAGAUUCUUGUUUGUUGUUGCAGCAUAAGAAAAUUUGUAUAAAUUAACGCCCUCGCCUAAUCUCUGAUGUGGGAACCCAGUUGGCUUUUCGCCGGCCAUAGUGUUUCCCUGUUUUAAAUGAAUACGAAGAGCUAGUCGAGGAUCAUGAUUUGAGCU